UUUAUAUUAUGUUACAUAAGGUGUGUUUACACUAGGUCUUAAAAUAUACCAUAAAUGACCUUCAGAACUGGAUAUUUUUAUUAUAAAAUAGAUAGCAUAUCUCAAAGAAUCACAUUGUAUGAUUCAUAAAUAUUAUGUUACAUAACAGCUAAUUAGUGCUUCAUAAACUAAUAAUAGAUUACAAUAACAAUAGAUUAUAAUUAUUUAAUUUUUUCAAUAAAAGUUCAUUAAAUGCUCAUAGAUUAUAUAAUGUUAGAAUUUAUAAAUUCAAGCAGUAUAUUUGUUACUAUAACAGCACCUUUUGAUUAACUUAAUUCAAUACUGAUGUACUAGUGUUAAAAUAUAAGUAUUUUUAUUCAAAAAUAUUCAAGUUCAAUUGAAUGAGAAAUAUUUAAGAUGAAUCAUAUUAAUCUAACAAUCGGCAUCCUAAUAUUGGUGAACAGUUGUUUAUCGGCUAAUAUAUUAGCCUUCCUACCAACCAAAGCACGUAGUCAUUAUGGAGGAUUUGAACCAUUGCUUAAAGAAUUAGCAGUCAGAGGCCAUAAUAUGACUGUUUUAUCACCCUUUGCUUUGAAAGAUCCACCACUAUCUUAUUAUCACAUUCAAGUUGAGGAUGAAAUUCUUGCUAUGGAUUGGAAUCCAUUCAGUGUAGCCAAACAUUUCAAACCAAUUUUUAUUCCAUUUAUGUCAUGGUUAAUAUGGCCAAAGUUUACAGAAAUGACAAUCAACAAACCAUCAGUUCUGAAAUUAAUUCAUUCAGAAAGUCUUCAUUUUGAUUUAGUUAUAUUUGAAAACUUUUUUCACGAAAGUUUUGUAACUAUCGGUCACAAAUUUAAUGCUCCUGUGGUACAGAUUUUUCCAUCUGUCCCAAAUGCUGGUGUUGCACAAUGGUAUGGUAAUCCAUAUAUUGGAUCUUAUAUUCCAGAUGUUAAUUCUGGAUUUAGCGAUGAUAUGUCUUUCAUGGAACGUUUGACCAAUACGGCAUUAUCAUUUGUGUAUACGGCUUUGAGUUCACUUUAUUAUUUACCGAAACAAAGUGAAUUAAUGGAUAAAUAUUUUAACUAUACUGGCUGGGAGACACGGCCGUCUAUGGUGAGCAUGUUAAAAAACAUAUCAUUGACAUUGAUGAAUACACAUUUUUCUAUUGGAACAUCAAGACCUCUUGUUCCUUCAUUCAUAGAUGUAGCAGGAAUGCAUCUCAGACCAGCUUCUACACUCCCGAAAGACCUUCAGGAUAUUAUGGACAAUGCUCCUGAUGGUAUUGUGUAUUUCAGUUUUGGCUCUGUGAUUAAACUAUCACAAUUACCUAAAGAUCAAUUUGAAAUGAUUAUAAGACAACUAGGUAAAAUCAAACAAAAAGUAUUGUUCAAAUGGGAUUCUGAUGACAAAAUAGACUUUCCAUCAAACAUAAUUAUUAGAAAGUGGUUUCCACAAUCCGAUAUUCUAGGCCAUCCUAACUGUGUGCUGUUUAUUACACAUGGUGGUAUACAUAGCACCGAAGAAGCUAUAUAUUAUGGAGUGCCAAUGUUGGCCAUCUCAGUAUUUGGAGAUCAAUUACACAACUCAUUGGUAAUGCAAAACAGAGGUGCUGCGAUACGCAUAAAAUAUUCUGAGUUUUCCGAAGAUGCUUUUGAAAUGGCUUUGUACAAGACUCUCCAUGAUAAAUCAUAUAAAGAGAAAGCUAAAGAACUAUCAGUGAUUUACCAAGACCAACCUUUAAAAUCCUUAGACAAAGCUAUUUAUUGGAUUGAAUAUGUGAUACGUCAUAAAGGAGCUCAUCAUUUAAAAACAAAUGCUUGCGAGUUAACUUGUUUACCGGAAUCAGUUGGUACUCAAAAUGAUUGAGGAUAUUGAGAAUCAAGUAGAAUCAAAAAUAACUGUUUUGGAUGCCAUGAUAAUUUUGAAUAAAACUUGGUAUAAUGUAACAUCGACGGGGAUUUCUAAUUGCGUUCGGCAUGCAGGUUUUUGUGACGUUACGACCGAUACUACAUAGCUACAAGCAGACAAUGGAUUAAUUAAUGACAUCGAUGAGGACUACGUCCAGAUUGAUGACGACUUCAUAACGUCAGAAAUUUCAACAGAUGAAAAUAUAGUCAAAAAUUUCAUAGUCAGCUAACAAGUUGAGCCAGAUAAUGAUACUGAUAUCGAUUAGCUUGAUGAUGAGUUUAAAACUGUGCCGUCAAUAUCCGAAGCUCGUGCUGCAUUGUGGACACUAGAAAAAUUUUACUACACAAAAUAUGAGAGUACAGAUGCUGAAAGAAAAUUGUUGUCUUUGUUAGAAAUAUCGAUCAACACUAAACACUACGAAGCAAAGUUCGAUCAAAGAUUAUUUUAAGAAGUUAAAUUCAAGUGUUUUAUAAUAAUUAUGUUUAAGUAAUAUGUAUUGAUAAAUAAAGUAUUGAGU